AUGGCCUCUGCUCCCAGCAUCCACGCCGCAGAGCCUGCUUGUCCCGUCCUGGCCCAUUCCCUCCUCACCAAGCCAGAGUGCAGGGCCACAUACACCGAGGAACCCUCAUACGAAGCAGAACAAAAUCAGGGCUGGAAUUUGAAAGAUGACUGGGAUACCGGCAUCCAACCUAACAACUCGGGAAUCUUCCGAUGCGGCGCUGUCAUCGGCUUCUCUAGGUUGAGAUCCAGGAGCAGAGAUACCGAUGAAUACAUCGGACAGAUCCCUCGCUAUCUUCUCACAUCUCAUCUUCUGAGAGUUGCACCUUCAACUGAACCCAGUGCGUUCAUCAUCCAUCCAAGCAACUUUGAACCCUUGGCCCCGAGAAUCCUGCUCAAUGCGCUGCAAUCUUCAUCUGAAGGGCCAAGGAUAUCGAGAAGCGAAGCAAUGGAACGUCUUGACGCCGUGCAGCUUCUUCCAGUGCAAACCCUGCCAAAUGCCGCACAAGCUAUUGGCAAAGUAUCAGAAUCGCUGCAAGAACUCCUAGAGAGGCGACAAGCCCAGCAAAAACUUGCGUUCGCGGAACCCGGCCCACCGGUCGUUCUAAUCGUGGUUGGCCUCGACACUCUUGCUGAGGGUGUCAUUCGAGCUUCGAACCCAGUUCGAGGGACUGCGUUGCUAGCAGCUACACUGCGAAAUCUUACCCGUAUGGCUCGGGCAUAUUCUUCAUGGCUCUCUAUCAUUCUCAUUAACACAAGCGGACUUGGUCCCGCCUAUUUCGAAGCUCAUCAUCUGCCGGAGCCAAAUCACGCUAAGAAACCUGGAGACGGGGACGCAAGACCUUCAGGCGAUGACGGCAUUCAUUCUAUUUUCUCAACAUCUGGGUCCACGCUGUUAUCUACUCUCCCCAUGAAAACCCUCGACCAGGGCAUUGAUACGCACAUCAUGCUCUCAGAUGUCAAAGCCACGCAAGUCGCCGAGGUCAUCAAAGAUCGGAUCGGCACUGGUCUCGGAAAAUGGGGAAUAUGGUCUCCUAAGCGAUAA